GACUCUUCAAAUAACCAAGAGGGCCAGGGGAACAGAACCAGCAGGGUAAGUGCCCCAUGUUUUGAAUAUUCAGCUCGGUCUUCCACCUGUUGACGUUCUUUUGUUCUUCUCUCUAGCAAGUACCUCCCACUUGGACUGCGGACUAUCAUGGACUUACUCUUUUGAAAGGGUUCGCAAACCCCGGAGUCUUAUGCUACCGGAACUCUGCCCUGUGUCUUGUCCUACACUCGCCUGUUUUGAUCAAUUGGAUGGCACCACACUACUGGGAACAGAAUUGCAGGAAAGGGAAGCAAUGUAUUGUAUGCCUAUUGUACCGUCUCGUGGUGUCGUUCUGGAAAGGAGACAGCGAGGGCGAGGAUAAGGACGCCGUCCUGAAGCGACUCUGGACCCAGAUAGAGAAACGUCAAUGGUUUGAAGAGAGAAAGCGAGUAGAACAGCAGGAUGUACGGGAUUUUCUUGAAUGGAUAUUCGUUCAGAUGAACCGCGAUGUUGACGGAAUGGAGUGAGUGAUCUGACGUUCCCUGCUUGUCACCACUCACUAAGCAAAGCGGCGGCUAACUUUGUUGCUCUUCUUGAAAAUGACAUAAGGCUAUUUGAUCUGAUCGAGCUUCUCAAGAUAACGGUCACUCGGAGUUUCAAGUGCAAGGCAUGUGGCGAGGUAAGGUCGCAGCCGGAUCUGGCAUGGUUUUGUUCGACCCCACCGGUUACAGAUUCGAAAGAGGCAGCGCCCAUUGAAAUCGGGGAUUAUCUCAGGAGUUGCUACUCAGAGACUCCAGCCGUUAAUCUUGAUUGUGAGCAGUGCAAGUGCAAGACCAAGCAUGAUCUGUCUGAUGCUGUCACCGACGUUCCCGAGAUUUUGCUCAUUUGUCUGAACAGAAAGGGCAUUGGCGAGAGCAAAUCAUUCUGGAACGUAGGCCUCCGUGACCAGAUGGCUCUCCCUGAGUCCUGGCGCCGAGGCCUCGCUGGUAAGGAUGAUAUCGACUACGAACUGUACACAAUUAUAUUCCACGACGGCCCCUCCAUCAAAAGCGGCCAUUAUACGGCCGCAGUUCGAGCGCCCAACGGGCAGUGGAUGUUGAUGGACGACGACGCCGAAGCGCAACCUAUGCAGUCCCUGGAGACACUGAUGAACAUGGGCAGUGGCGACGAGAAGCACACCGCCACAGCUUACCUGUUAGCUUAUCGACGCCUGCCCCUUGGGGGUGAGUCUGCGCCUGCUGAGGACCAGGCUGCGGCUGUCGGGGACAACUCAAAGCAAGAGCAAGUGCAAGGCGACGACACAUCCGGACCUUCCGAGGAAGUCUCAGAUCAAACGCAAGCCAUUCCGCUCGAGGAGCCGUCGCCCACCGAUCCGGCCGUCGAUCCGGCCGUGCUGGUUCCUGAUUCAGAGAUCGCUCCCAGUUCUCCCAAGUCUCCCAGCCCCGUCGGCUCCCGAACGUCGCGUCCGAGCUCGCCAGUACGACCUGGAGUGACGAUGGAUGGAACCAUCACUCUCGACGGCCGGGAAGUUGAAUGGACGAUUCAGCAGCAACUGCCCAUGCCCUCCGACGCCGGCCCCCUGAUUAAGCUGAAACCCCGAGCCAAAGUCCAGCGUGCUAACAUCCGGCUCACCCUCACUUCAGGGGAGGAGGUUCUGGAAGGAGAAGUCACCAUCUCGCUGAAGCCCGCGGCGUCGAACGCCCAGACACAGAAACCGGCCAAGACUCCCAAAACUAUGAACACCAAGGCAAAGAAGACAGCCAAAACGGCAGGCCAGAAGAAGAAAAAGGCGACGGCAUCCGGCAAGCAAGCCAAGCCUGAGGGUGUCAAGAAGGGGACUAAAGCAGGCAGCGCCGGAAAGUCGAACAUCAAGACUAAGACUACUACUAAGGCUACCAAGAAGCCAAGCAAGAAAGCUAAGAAAACCCGCUAGGCGAGAUUUUAAGCAAUUUGGGGAUUUUCUUAUGUCGAGUUGGUUUUUACAUUUC